AUGUCGUACCCACCAGAUAGCAGCCUACAGAUUCUCACUGACCCUGCUUUGUCAUACCCACAAGAUAGCAGCCUACAUAUUCUCACUGACCCCGCUUUGUCAUACCCACAAGAUAUCAGCCUACAGAUUCACACUGACCCCGGUAUGUUGUACUCACCAGAUAGCAGCCUACUGAUUCCUACUGACCCCAGUGUGUCGUACCCAGCAGAUAGCAGCCUACAGAUUCUCACUGACCCCAGUAUGUCGUACCCACCAGAUAGCAGCCUACAGAUUCUCACUGACCCUGGUCUAAUGUAUUCACCAGACAGUAGCAUGCAGAUUCUCACUAACCCCUGUAUGUCGUACCCACCAGAUAGCAGCCUACAGAUUCUCACUGACCCCUGUAUGUCGUACCCAUCAGAUGGCAGCCUACAGAUUCUCACUGACCCCUGUAUGUCGUACCCACCACAUAGCAGCCUACAGAUUCUCACUGACCCCUGUAUGUCGUACCCAUCAGAUGGCAGCCUACAGAUUCUCACUGACCCCUGUAUGUCGUACCCACCAGAUAGCAGCCUACAGAUUCUCACUGACCCCUGUAUGUCGUACCCAUCAGAUGGCAGCCUACAGAUUCUCACUGACCCCGGUGUAUGUCAUAGAAGCCUACAGAUUCUCACUGACCCCUGUAUGUCGUACCCAUCAGAUGGCAGCCUACAGAUUCUCACUGACCCCUGUAUGUCGUACCCACCAGAUAGCAGCCUACAGAUUCUCACUGACCCCUGUAUGUCGUACCCAUCAGAUGGCAGCCUACAGAUUCUCACUGACCCCUGUAUGUCGUACCAAGCAGAUGACAGCCUGCAGAUUCUCACUGACCACGAUAGAAGCCUACAGAUUCUCACUGACCACUGCAUGUUGUACCCACCAGAUAGCAGCCUACAGAUUCUCACUGACCCCUGUAUGUCGUACCCACCAGAUAGCAGCCUACAGAUUCUCACUGACGAAUAUAGCAGCCUACAGAUUCUCACUGACCCCUGUAUGUCGUACCCAUCAGAUGGCAGCCUACAGAUUCUCACUGACCCCUGUAUGUCGUACCCACCACAUAGCAGCCUACAGAUUCUCACUGACCCCUGUAUGUCGUACCCAUCAGAUGGCAGCCUACAGAUUCUCACUGACCCCUGUAUGUCGUACCCACCAGAUAGCAGCCUACAGAUUCUCACUGACGAAUAUAGCAGCCUACAGAUUCUCACUGACCCCUGUAUGUCGACGUCGUACUCACCAGAUAGCAGCCUACAGAUUCUCACUGACCCCUGUAUGUCGUACCCACCAGAUAGCAGCCUACAGAUUCUCACUGACCCCUGUAUGUCGUACCCACCAGAUAGCAGCCUACAGAUUCUCACUGACCCCUGUAUGUCGUACCCAUCAGAUGGCAGCCUGCAGAUUCUCACUGACCCCUGUAUGACGUACCCAACAGAUGGCAGCCUACUGAUUCCUACUGACCCCUGUAUGUCGUACCAAGCAGAUGACAGCCUGCAGAUUCUCACUGACCACGGUCACACUGGCAGCGGUUGUUGA